GAUCGAUAGUCGGUUAAUAGUUAUCAGAAAAAAGUGCGAACCUAUCCAAUCCCAUUAUAGAUCAGAGUAAACGGCGCUUAUUAUGAAACAUACGAUGUUUCGUGACUCUAUAUCUAUGUUUCGGAUGCUACGUCUCCAUCAUCCCAUUCUCUGUCUCUCUAAACCUGAUCUUUUUAAGCCUCCAUCGGUGUCUUUGUUUGGAACUCAUGGACGUUCCAGUAUACGAGUAACUGAGAUACUUCUAGACCAUGUGGGGUUGUCAUCAAAUAGGAACUCACUUUAUGGAUUUAGAACUUUUUGCACUGGCCAAGAUUUGUCAAUUAAGAAGUGUGUGCCAUGCGACUUAAAAGAUCUGCGACCCAUGACCGAAGAAGUGGCAAAUGGUCUACUUCGACAGGUGGCUGGAUGGAAUUUGGUGAAUGAAGGUGGUGUGUUGAAGCUGAAUCGAUCAAUGAAAGUGAAGAGUUUUACCAAAGGUCUGGAAUUAUUCCAGCUUAUAGCUGGUGUUGCAGAAGCAGAAGGUCACCAUCCAGAUCUUCAUCUUGUUGAAUGGAACAACAUAACGAUUGAGAUCUGGACUCAUGCAGUUGGUGGACUGACUGAAAAUGACUUCAUACUUGCUACGAAGAUCAAUAAGCUGAAUAUGCAUCACCUACUGAGGCGAAAACUUACCGAUUAAACAGUCAGUAUAAUAUGGUGUAUAAAAUCUGUUACGUCGGUGUGAUGUAGUGGAUUUCUAUCUCUUGUUGAUAUUUUGAGUUUGAAAAUAAGGCACAUGAAUUUUGCAUCUGUCAUCUGUCAGUGUGGCAUACUUGAUUUCUGUCUUUUAUUGAUACAAUUUUGAGUUUGAAAUGGACCACCUUAGUAGCAUUUAGUUUGUGACGAAUUUUGGGAUAUGUGAGACAUUGCAGCUGUGUACAGAACACUCAAUCCACAGUAGGUGUUCAAUAUUGCACUAU